AUGAUUUUGUUACUUUUCUUGCAGGCAUGUGCUCCAGAUUUAAAAGAAAAGCUUGGUGAUCUUGUUCCUUCUUAUGAAAUAAUUGGAUCGGUAUCACAGUACAUGGUUGACCAGCAUGGGUUUAAUCCUAACUGCAAAGUUGUGGCAUUUACAGGUGAUAAUCCAGCUUCUUUGGCUGGGAUGAGACUGAAGGAAGGAGAUAUUGCUGUCAGUCUGGGCACUAGUGACACACUGAUGCUAUGUUUCAAGACUCCCAAGCCUGCCCUUGAGGGGCACAUAUUUGUCAAUCCAAUUGAAGGUACUACUUGUACCAUUUUGUUUCUUAUCUGAUAGCAGAUCAUCCUUGUUUUCACUUUUUACCUUUAUCAUUGAAGAAGUGGGUGGCAGCGUGCAAAGAAAGUAGUGUCUGAUAGCCUGGGGCUAGUGGAUUUUGCUAUUGGGCUAGUGAACUUUGUUCUUAACUUGCCUGACAGGCAAGUGAUGUCUUUUGAGGAACUCAAAUUACAGAAGAACUGUGAAAUCAUUUCUGCUCAUCAAAAUGUUUUUGGGGCUAGUUGAAAUGACGUUUGGGCUAGUAUAUUCUAUCUUCAGCUUGCCCGAAUGGCAAGCUUUAAAAAUGACUUUCUUUGCAUCCUGGGGUGAGGAGGGUGGUAAAAUGAGUGCACCAUUGACCUCAUGUUUGUUACUGAAAUGAUAACCAUUUCAAGAUACUGAAGUAAUAAUUAUGAGAAUGAGUUUCCUUUUAAUACCUUUGAUAACAUUUGAAGAAGCCAAGGAAAUGGGGAAAGCCUUGGUUGACUCGAUUUUGGAGGAACUAACUUUAUUGUCAGCCUCAGUAUCACAUUUGGUGUCCCUUCUAUCUCUACUGUUAUUAAAACUAAGGCAGCCAGGUAUAUUUCUUAUCUUCCUAACCUCUUAAUUUAUCAUAAUAAUUAGAGGACAUGUUUAAUACUAUUGUUAUAUUUUAAUACUAGAAAAUGGCUACAUGGCCCUUCUUUGCUUCAAAAAUGGCUCCCUUACUAGAGAGUCCAUAAGGGACACAUCAGCUGAAGGCUCUUGGGAGGCCUUUGAAAAGGCUCUUAAAAGAACAAGUCCUGGUAAUGAUGGUAAAAUUGGUAUUUACUUUGAUGUAAUGGAAAUAACACCAUUUGCUGUGGGAACCCAUCGUUUUAAUGAAAAGGAUGAAAGAGUGGACUCCUUUGCAAAGGAUGUAGAAGUCAGAGCACUUAUUGAAGGACAGUUUAUGGCCAAGAGAGCUCAUGCAGAAUCACUUGGGUACACGUUAGGUAAGAAAAAGAACUGGCAGAUAGUGGCCUUCUUCUAUUUUAUCCUGGCUUUUUAUCAUUACCAGAGUCAAGAAUAUAUUAUUUUAUUAAAAAGACUUGUUAUGACAUGCUAUUACAUCUUGCCAUUUUGUGUCAUGACUACUGAAAUUACUAAAAUGUAGGAAUUUGGCUAAAAUUUUAUUUUAUUUUUUGUAGGUCCAAGUACAAGCAUCCUUGCUACCGGAGGUGCGUCAUCAAAUCUGGGCAUACUUCAAGUGAUAGCUGAUGUGUUUAAUGCUCCAGUCUAUACUAUCAAAGACACUGCCAAUUCUGCAUGCCUAGGAUGUGCUUAUCGUGCUAAACACGGUUUAGAGAGGGCAGAAAGGGGAGCAUCUUUUAUGGGUGUGGUCCAGGCUGCACCUCCUUACAGUUUGGUUGCAGAACCAUGUGGCAAUGCUCACGAAAUCUAUGAUGCAUUGACAGCUAGGUACAAGAAAUUGGAAGAAAGUAUUGUAGUUGAUAGCCAUCUACAAUCUAAGAAAGCUAAACUGGAAAGCUGA